AUGGAAGCCAUAAAGGAUGCUUUGAGAGCUCUGCGGAAGCGUCAUCUUCUUGAAGAAGGAGCUCAUGCUCCUGCGAUUUCUGCUCUCUCUAGGCCUAUUAUCUCUCAGGGGUCAGAAUGGAAGGAGAAAACAGAAAAACUGGAAAUGGAGCUACAGCAAUGUUACAAAGCCCAAUCCCGCUUGUCCGAACAACUCGUGAUAGAAGUAGCUGAAUCCAGAACUUCAAAGGCUUCUUUAGAAGAUAAGGAGUUGUUGAUUAAUGAGCUGCAGAGGGAAUUAGCACAAACAAGGGAGGAGUCUACACAAUUACAAGAAGAGUUGGAGGAUAAGACCAAGACACUGGAUCUACUUAUUGCUGAAAACAAGGAAGUUCGGUCUCAGCUGGAGGAGAUGACAGAUAGAGUUCAAAAAGCAGAGUCUGAAAAUCAAAUGUUAAUUGAUCGGUGGAUGUUGCAGAAGAUGCAGGAUGCAGAACGUCUUAACGAGGCAAAUGCUCUUUAUGAAGAAAUGCUAGCUAAGCUUAAGGCAAAUGGUUUGGAAACUCUGGCUCGGCAGCAAGUUGAUGGCAUUGUCCGCCGCAAUGAAGAUGGAACUGAUCACUUUGUUGAGUCAGUUGUUCCCUCAACAUGUGGGCACCGUAUCCAUGCUCACGAAGGUGGCUGUGGCUCAGUACUCUUUGAAUACAACUCUGGUACUUUGUUUACUGGUGGCCAAGACCGAGCAGUAAAAAUGUGGGACACCAAUAGUGGGUCUUUAAUCAAAAGCUUACACGGUUCCCUUGGGAAUAUACUUGAUCUAGCCAUUACCCACGACAAUAAAUCCCUGAUCGCAGCAACCAGCUCGAACAAUUUGUUUGUGUGGGAUGUUAACUCGGGUAGGGUACGCCAUACACUCACAGGACACACUGAUAAGGUUUGUGCUGUGGAUGUGAGCAAAUUUUCGAGCAGACAUGUCGUUAGUGCAGCUUAUGACCGUACCAUAAAACUCUGGGAUAUGCAGAAAGGUUACUGCACUAACACCGUACUCUUUACCAGUAACUGCAAUGCAAUCUGCCUCAGCAUAGAUGGGCUUACAGUAUUCUCAGGCCACAUGGAUGGGAAUCUUAGGUUAUGGGAUAUUCAAACGGGGAAGCUUCUGUCUGAAGUAGCUGGACAUUCUUCUGCUGUGACCUCGGUAUCGUUGUCCCGGAAUGGAAAUAGGAUACUGACGAGCGGGAGAGACAACGUGCAUAAUGUAUUUGAUACCCGGACUUUGGAAAUAUGUGGGACAUUGAGAUCAUCAGGGAACAGAUUGGCAUCGAAUUGGAGCCGUUCAUGUAUAAGUCCGGAUGAUGAUUAUGUGGCUGCAGGAUCUGCGGAUGGAACAGUCCAUGUUUGGUCUAUGUCUAAAGGCAAUAUAGUGAGCAUUCUCAAGGAGCAAACAUCUCCAAUACUGUGUUGUUCUUGGAGCGGGAUGGGGAAACCAUUGGCGUCGGCCGAUAAGAACGGGUAUGUCUGCACAUGGACAUGA